AGCUCACAGCAGUUACAAGCCAUAAACCUGAAAAAAAAAAUAUCUCCAUCGAUCGUCUCUUCUUCUAACGAUCGUAGAAUCAAGAAGAAUCUCAGAACCUAGAAAAAACUAUGCUUCUACGAAGCGCUUCGACUCCACUUCUCACCUCAUUGGUCCACGUCUCGAGUCCAAUCGAAACCGAAUCUCUUCAUCAGAUCCAACGGCCCAGAUCCAUAAUCCUCUCUUCCUCCUCUUCCUCGUGCUGUUACAGCCCGAUGUCUAUCCACUCCAGCGACGAAUCUUCAAGGAGGAUCAAAAGAACGGCGUCGGAAACCGAUCUUAAACAUCUGACAUCGACUAAACCGUCGAGUAAGUUCCUCACCGGAGCUGUUAUGGAGGAUGUUGAGGAAGGAAUCGGAUUCGGGAUUAUACGCACUUCUUCAUACGACGAUGAGUUAGGGUUAAGCUGGGGUUUGGAGGAUGAGGUUGGAGGCGGCGGUGGCGGAGGAAAGAGAAGAAGUGGAGGAAGAUCUGACGGUGGUGAUGAUGGAGAUGAUAGUGCUACAGAUGUUCAUUAUCGUAAGAUGAUUGAAGCUAAUCCUGGAAAUGGGAUUUUUCUCAGUAAUUACGCUAAGUUCUUGAAAGAGGUACGGAAAGAUUACUUGAAAGCAGAGGAGUAUUGCGGGAGAGCUGUUCUGGUGAGUCCUAACGAUGGGAAUGUUUUAGCUAUGUACGCGGAGCUUGUGUGGAUGAUUCAUAAGGAUUCGUCACGUGCUGAGUCUUACUUCAAUCGAGCUGUUGCAGCUGCUCCUGAUGACUGUUAUGUACAAGCUUCAUAUGCGCGGUUUCUUUGGGAUGCUGAAGAGGAUGAAGAUGAAGAAGAGAAACACGAAGAAGUAGUUGAGCCUCAAACUUCUCGAAUGGAUUUCUUUACCGGACCUUUCCCUAUUACGGCCAUGUCUUAACUCUUAACUCGUGGUCUUGGGCGUCUUAUAGAUUUAGUUUAAACAUGUUACGUCUAUGAUCUAUCUAACCUUUUUGUUUAAUGUGAAUUUUUUAAGGUUGUCUCCCUUUCAUGGGUGUUUUCUCUGCUUCAGUUUUUAGAAUUUGUCCCAGUUGUAGUAGUCUUGUAGUAAUACCACUGGAAGGUAAAUAAGAAUUGGAAUAAAAAGUUUUGCUUUUGAUGGA